AUGCCUGCUUGCAAUGCAAGAAACUGCGACGAACAAGCGCCGUGCUGCCACAAUUGCAAAUACCGGCACACAGAAUGCAGUUUUCAGACAUUUGCAGUGCAAUCCCCUGCUGCUGGGGGAAGAGAAGUCAUAAAAAGCAGUCAAAGGAUUUUGAGGUUAUUACCUGCCAUUCCAACGUCUGAGGCCAAACCACAAGACAAUUCCACAACCCCAGAUAGGGCGUAUCAACAAAACACCAGCGCACACAUUGCCCCAUCGGAUUGCCCUGAAACAACUAUAUCUAUCUCAAACGUUGAAUUGAUAUCUUAUCCUGCAAAUGUGCCGCGGCCAUUAAGUUGCGCAUCCCAUCUGGUUCCAGAGGAACACGAAUUAAUGCAUCACUACGCUACAACCGUCUUUGCAUCGCUAGCAGACUAUGAAGCGUAUAGACCAAUAUGGCAGGUCAUUGUCCCGCGUGAAAUGCAGUCUGCCAAUUUCUUGAAACAUGGAGUACUGGCAAUAUCAGCUCUACAUAUCCAUUAUCUUCGUUUCAGAGCAACUGAACAAAAAGGACUAAACUCCCAGGAACUCUCACACAAGGAGCUAGCUCAGAAACAUUAUCAAGCAGCGGUAAUGGAAUUUGGGUCCCUGUUCCCGGAAGACCUGUCGAACACUAAUGCUGCAUUUGCUUUCUCACAUUUGACGAUUUUCUUCGCCUUCGGGUCCGCCCAGCUAUCCGGCUAUGGAGGUGCAAUGUUCGACGCAAUCGAUGAUCUACUGGGCUUAUUUGCAUUAACCAGGAAGGCCAUGGGAUUUUUAAGAAUGAAAUGGGACCUACUGGUAAAAGGAGACAUGGGGAUACUCCUCCAACGCGGGCCUGAGAUUACGGACAAGAAAUAUCUACCAACGGACGUUGUUACGGCUUUGGAAUUGCUGGAAGAACUGUGCAAUGAAUGGAGACCAAGUACUCAUGAGACUCCGGAUUAUCUAAACGAGGUUAACCACAGCACUAGAAAUACGUAUCAUCGAGCAAUAUUGCAGUUACGGGACUGCUUUGUCAUGCUAGAAACUAAACGGAAGGACUGGGGUAUGGCCCUUCGAUUUCCUAUGAUAUUCCCUGACGCCCUUUUUCCAUGCUUCAAAGCUCGGGAACCGUUAGCAAUGGUAAUUCUUGCACACUACUGUGUACUACUGCGCAGAGCGCCGGUACGAUGGUGGGCAGAUGGCUGGAGUACACAAGUUAUCCAGAGUAUAUUCUGGAAUCUACCUCAGGACUGGAGGUAUGCCGUAUCCUGGCCGAUGAGUACCGCUGAGAUAUAA